AUGGAGGAAGGAAAGAGAGGCGGCAGGAAACGAGGCCAAAGUGGCGGCAGAGGGACUGGAAUCAUUUCAAAAUAUUUAGAGGAAUACAGCACGUGUUCAAGGCUCGAGGGACGGGAGGGAGAGGCACUCAACAAAGGAAACGGUGAACAUGACGCAGGAAACAGGUGCAACGCGGAUGCAGUCGCCGCUGGCCUCUUUGACGAAUUGCGCAGCCUCUCAGAUAAGCGCAAACGCUUCGAAGUUCACCAACAACUUCUGCCAGGUGUAGUCUUCAUCCGCUUCACGGACCCUUCAGAUAUUCCUUCCGAGAUUUGUCACGGCCUGCUGCACGUCGCAAGAAAGCAUCCGGGGAAAUACUCGUGCCGAUACGCCUCGCGACUGUUGCCUGUCGAUGUAUGCGUUGGGCCUGCGUUGGACGCCCUUGAGGCCGAACUGCGCAGCCUUUGCGCCCUCAAACUCCCUCUCUCUAAUGCAGCAACAAAGAGCUAUCCAGACAGAGAACUUGCGAGUGGGGAUCUUCAGGUCGCUCCAGCUGAAACUGCAGACGCCGCAGCUGCGCCAGAGCAUGCAGAAACCCCACUCUCAGGUACCGCAGCAAAAACGGCACCUGAGGACGCAGCACCAUCAGGAGCGCCAGGAGCAGUAGCAGACCCCACAGGCCCUGCAGCAGCAACAGAUGCCGAGGAAGCAAGAAUAGCGGUGGCUGCAACACCCCGAGAAGCGGCAGCCCAGGCAACAGCAACCUCAGGAGCUCAGUCGAGCGGUAGCGGUGAGCUGCAGCAGCAAGAGCAGCCCUCAGUGUCUGUCUUUUCGCUUUGGUGGAUGGAACAGACACGCGACAAUAGAGAACCGCGCUCAUCUCCCCAUCCGGCCCUGACACUGCCCCUGGAAACGUGGGCUUGCGCCUUUUCCUCUCGGGGGUUUGGGACGGUUAAAAAGGAGCAGGUGCUUGAGGUACUGACUCGGGAAGUCGGGAGAGCCUACAAGGUGGACAUAGCGAAUGCCACGUCCACAUUCUUAAUUGAGGCAAACCCUUACUUCUUUGGGGUCUCGCUGGUCAGGGAUUACGGCUGCCUGUACCGCUACAACCUGCACAGGUGCUGUCACCCAGAGGCUGAAGAAGAGAGCAAGGCUCGAUAA